AUGCCUUCUUCUUCUUCUCCUUCUCCUUCUCCCUUAUCAGAAAAAACACAUCUACCCACAUCUCCACGACGACUACUUAUCCCUUCUAAACGCACUCUUCUCCCCAUUCCAUUAUCAUCCUCAUCCUGCAAUCCUAGUGCAUAUCCUGCCGGGAUCCAGAUUCGGAAACCAGCUUUCUCGUCCGCUGUGCCUUCUUCUGAUCCUGCAAACGCAAACACAAGCACGGGUACUACUAGCCGCGACGAGUCCAAAGUAGGAGAUAUGCCCGAGCCGAUCGUUAUCGAAUUCGACUCUUCGCGUGCUCCGCAGCCGUUUCUGGAUCCGAUGGCGCUGGAAAAUGUGCGUGCUAGGGUUAGGAUGCGGGAGGAAGGGGAAAGGGAGAGGAGUCUCGGGACUGAGGCGGAGGAGGACGAAGAGGCGCGAAGGAGGCGGGAGCGGGAGGCGGAGUAUGGAGGGAUGGCGGUGCGAGGGAGGUCGAGGGCUGUUGCGGGGAGGGCAGGAAGGCGGCGGUAGCGGGAUGCAUAGGAAGGAUAGGCAGAGCAGGAUUUGGAUUGGAAGCAUUAGAUACUGUACUGAUGCCAUGAAUUUGGGGGUAAGAUGCUCUUAGAGGCAAAUACAUCAUGUCUACUAGUUAGCAGGACGCUGGUUAUAUUGUAGGUAAUCUAU